CAGCACGCCGAGCAUCAUUUUUUUCUUGUUUCCCCCUCGCUUUCUCAAGAAUCACUUUCUUUACUAAUUGACUCUCCACUUUCCUUCCCAUCCAAACACUCCAAUUACCCUUUGCACAUCACUUUCCACUUCUUCAAAUCAAUGGCAACAGCCAAAGACGCGGACGACCUUCAUUCUUUACUCGCCGAACAGCACGUGGAGCUCAUGGCCGCUCAAUCCCUAGAAUCCGACCUCGAUUAUGCCUUCCGUCUCCAACUCGAAGAAGCAAUCUCUGCUUCUCUCACUCUUGUCCCCUCCACCUCAGCCUCCACGUCGUCAGCACGGUCACCGCCACCGCCACCAUCUCUACCACAACAACCUCUACACGAUGUCGUUUCUCCUACCUUCGCCUCCCUCCAGUCCGAAGAACUUAAGAAGAUGGAGCAAGAACUCGCCGAUUACGAACAAGCGAAACUGGAGAUACGUAAAACUAAUGAAGCUAUUCACCGUGCUGCUCACGAUCAGAAAUUCGCCAUGGAACUCUCCAGGAUGCCCGAGGAGGAGUGGCAACAGUGGGGCGAUAAUUUCGAGAAACCGUUCGGCGAAGGAUGUUCAGGAAGUGGGGACGCACGUGAUAAUAACAUAUUUAGCCUUUAUUUUAAGGGAUUGGUGAGUGAAGAGAGGAUUAACGAGAAGAAGGUUGUGUUGUGUGGGAUUGGUAUAGAGAUAUGCGAUCCUUGUGGUCAUUUGAUAUUCCCGUUUCAAAAACCGUUGAUUGGUGGCGGUAUGAACAAGAAUGCUGCUGAGGCUAAGGCUUUGAUUGAAGGACUUAAUGUUGCUCUAUCUUUAGAGCUUAAGCGUGUUCGGAUUUACUGUGAUUGUUAUCCUUUGUAUCAAUAUGUUACAGGAAGAUGGACAUCAAAGCAACGGAAGGUUGCUGCGUUAGUCAAUCAGGUGUCCCUUCUUCAAACAAAAUUUAGUUACUGCAGCACCUUUUUUGUGGCACGUAAUGCUAUGACGGGUGUCUUCAAACUUGCAAGAGCUGCGAUAGAUUCUCAAAUCACAAGGCCUGUGGAUUCGAGCAGUGGCAAAACUGUAAAUGAAACAUGUGUUAUCUGUUUGGAAGAUACUGAUGUUGGUCAUAUGUUUUCCAUUGAAGGAUGCUUGCAUCGCUACUGUUUUUCUUGUAUGAAACAGCAUGUGGAAGCAAAGUUGCGUUAUGGGAUGUUGCCUAAAUGUCCUCAUGAAGGUUGUAAAUCUGAACUUAAAGUCGAUAGCUGUAGAGAAUUCUUGACACCUAAGUUAGUUGAAAUACUGAAUCAACGUAUAAAAGAAGCCUCAAUUCCUGCUACAGAGAAAGUUUAUUGCCCAAAUCCCAGGUGCUCGACAUUAAUGACAAAAAGUGAGGUUCAAAAAUAUGCUAAAAAUGCCUUUCGUGGUUUUGAUCUGUCUGGAGCUGCGAAAUGUGUGCAAUGUCAUGGCCUUUUCUGCAUAAAUUGCAAGGUUCCUUGGCAUAUUAACAUGACUUGCAAUGUUUACAAAAUGUUGAAUCCUAACCCCCCAGUGGAGGAUGUGAAGCUAAAGUCUCUUGCAUCAAGGAAUCUGUGGCGCCAAUGUGUGAAGUGCAACCAUAUGAUAGAACUUUCUGAAGGUUGUUACCACAUGACGUGCAGAUGCGGAUAUGAGUUUUGCUAUAACUGUGGAGCGGAGUGGAAGAACAAAAGGGCAACUUGUUCUUGUCCUCUUUGGGAUGAGGAUAAUAUCUUGUACGAUGACAGUGAUGACGACUCUUAUGAAGAAGAGGAAGAUGAAGAUGAUGAGUCAGAGUACUUUGAAUCUGAUACAGAGUUGUAUUGAAACUAUAUACAGCAAAUAUGUCUCCUCUUCCUCUCCUGCGUCCUGAUAUCUCCAUAAAAUUUUUGGUACAAAAUCUAAAGUGGUAGUAAAUAUGAAACUUUAUGAACUAUUUUUAACGUCUUAAUAUGAAUAGUCUCUUUUCUUUUGUAUUUUACAUAGUCACUGAAUUAGAAACAAGCCCUUUCUCUCAAUUUGUGGAUUGCUUCCGGUUUACGCGAAGUUAAAGAAUCCAUUUAUUUUGGUUUUUGGGCCUUAGCAGAAAACCACAAUUUCCGAUGCU